AAAAGAAAAAUGUAAUUAAAGAAUUGAUGUUUAACGUAAUUAAGUGAACAAUGUGGUCAAUUUAGAAUUUAUUUUUUGAAUAAUAUGAUUUUGGCAAUUGUCUUGAGUUGCUCAAUUGUACAGCUCUCACCAUAUCCCACUAUAUAUAUGCACGCAUAUAAUGUAUGUAUGUAUCUAUCACCUGCAGGCAGCAACAAGUAUAUCCUUCCUAGUUUUGUGAAACAGAUGACGUUCAAUAUUUUUGGCCGGUAAAUGGAGGGUUAGGGUUGUAUAUAAUCGUCUGCAAUGGUGGAGAGGAGGAAGAGGAAGCCGUUGGUGCUUUCAUCCACUGAAGCACUAGUCAAUUCCUUGCUUAAUCCUCGCAAAACCACCGAAGAUAGUGAUGGAAUUGACGAGAUUUCGACAAGUUCGUCCGCUCGCACCCUGCAAUCGACGGCUGGAAUUCUCAGAUUCUCUAAGGAUGCAACCUUCGAUUCGGUUGAUGCUUCUGCUUUGGUUGGGCUGUCCACUUCUAUGCUCAAACGAUUAUCCAUUACUUCUGGGUCGCUGAUACUCAUCAAGAAUGUGGAUACUAAUGUCGAUCGAAUUGGACAAGCAGUGGUAUUGGAUCCUCCAAAUCCGGAUGAAAACUCUUCCAAAUAUGAAUCAGUUUGCCCAUAUGCACCUAACACAAUGUUGGUCUUUCCAUCAUGCACUUAUCCUCAAAAUCAGUCUUCUACUUUGGAUCCUCAAGUGGCUUAUUUAUCUCCUAUUCUCGCAUUUAAUUUGAAUUUGCAUCUGUCGUGCUUGAAAUCUGUAGUGCAGAAAGGGAAAGAUACACUGUCGUCUUUGCUUAAAGUGAAAGCAAACGGUGAAACAAAUGGGAAAGAUAAUGACCCCUCUACUCUUAGUAUAGGGCUUCAACCCUGGGCAGAGUUGCCUAAGUAUGCCUCACACUUGAGGGCCUCAUUUGUGAAGAUACCAGAAUGUGGUACCCUUGAACGUCUUAAAACCAGUUCAUCAGACGAAGCAAAAGAUCGACAAGAGUUGAUAGAUUUUGCAUUAAAUGACUACUUUUCUGUUGAUAGAUAUCUGACCAGGGGUGACCUCUUCAGUAUAUGCAUAAACUGGAACUGCAAAUCAGACUUGUGCAUCCCUUGCAACCAAAAGAUGCUAGAUGGUGGUAAUAACACAAUAUACUUCAAGGUUGCGGCUAUGGAACCAUCAGAAGAGCCUUUCUUGAGAGUCAAUCGCAGUCAAACUGCUCUUGUCCUUGGAGGGAGUGUUCCGUCUGCUGUUCCCCCAGAUCCUUUAAUUUCACAAUCAAAAAGUUUCUCACCUUUACAAGAUGACGUAGUGCUGUCUCUAGCCUCAAUACUUGCACCAGCUUUAUGUCCAUCAGCACUCUCAUCAAGAUUCAGGGUCGCUAUCCUAUUUCAUGGUGUUCCUGGUUCUGGAAAGAGGACUGUGAUAAGAUAUGUUGCCCGUCAAUUGGGUUUGCAUGUGGUGGAAUAUAGCUGUCAUAAUUUUAUGACUUCUUCGGAGAAGAAAACAUCUGUUGCACUAGCUGAAGCCUUCAAUAUGGCUCGCAGAUAUCGUCCAACGGUUCUUCUUCUCCGUCAUUUUGAGAUUUUCCGCGAUCUGGCUACUCAAGAGGGAUCAUCUCAUGAGCAAGUUGGAGUUAAUUCAGAAAUUGCAUCUGUCAUUAAGCAGUUCACUGAGCCAGUUACUAAUGAUGAAGAUGACUAUACUGAAGAAAACUCACUUGGUGAUAAUCAGUUAAAAGUUGCUGAAAUGAUAAACCAGCACCCAGUACUGCUAAUUGCAGCUGCAGAAAGUUCUGAAGGUCUUCCUCCAACUAUUAGGCGUUGCUUUAGUCAUGAAGUCAAAAUAGGACCUCUGAGUGAAGACCAAAGGUUUCAAUUGCUGUCCGAGUCUUUUCAACAUGCCUCUGAACUGCUUCCAAAUGCUUCUGCUGAGGAUUUUGUAAAAGAUAUCGUUGGUCAGACAUCUGGUUUCAUGCCGAGAGAUCUACGUGCUCUAAUUGCUGAUACUGGUGCAAAUUUUAUAUCCAAGAAGGAGAAGCUUGAGCAUGGAAACUUAAAGGAUGGAUCAAUUGAGUCCAAUUCAAUUGAAGACAAUAGCAAAAUAAGUAAUGCAUCUCUAGAUCAUGGUAAAGAAAACUUACUCAAAGCAUUGGAACAAUCAAAGAAAAGAAAUGCAUCAGCUCUUGGUACUCCUAAGGUACCCAACGUCAAAUGGGAUGAUGUUGGUGGGCUUGAGGAUGUGAAAAAAUCGAUCCUCGACACCGUUCAGCUUCCCCUCAUGCAUAAAGAUUUAUUUUCAUCUGGUUUGCGUAAACGAUCGGGGGUCCUUCUUUAUGGUCCUCCUGGGACUGGAAAAACGUUGCUGGCAAAAGCUGUCGCUACAGAAUGCUCCUUAAAUUUUCUGAGUGUAAAAGGGCCUGAGUUGAUCAAUAUGUAUAUAGGAGAGUCUGAGAAAAACAUACGUGACAUUUUUCAGAAGGCCAGAGCAGCUCGUCCAUGUGUUAUAUUUUUUGACGAACUCGAUUCACUUGCUCCAGCUCGUGGUGCCUCUGGAGAUUCCGGUGGUGUUAUGGACAGAGUUGUUUCUCAGAUGCUUGCAGAAAUUGAUGGUCUGAAUGAUUCUAGCCAGGACUUGUUUAUAAUAGGAGCUAGUAACAGACCAGAUCUUAUCGACCCCGCACUUCUGAGGCCAGGCAGAUUUGACAAGCUCCUUUAUGUUGGUGUUAAUUCUGAAGCAUCUUAUAGGGAGAGGGUACUUAAAGCACUUACUCGGAAGUUUAAAUUGCACGAAGAUGUGUCACUGUACGAGAUAGCACAGAAAUGCCCUUCAAAUUUCACUGGUGCUGAUAUGUACGCCCUCUGCGCAGAUGCUUGGUUUCAUGCUGCAAAACGCAAAGUGUUAAUUAAUAAUGAUUCAGAUUCAGGCUCAUCUGAUCAAUCCGAGGCAAUUGUCGUUGAAUACGAGGAUUUUGUUGAGGUAUUAAGAGAAUUAUCUCCUUCACUAUCAAUGGCGGAGCUGAAGAAAUAUGAGAUGCUGCGGGAUCAAUUCCAAGGUGCAUCCAGAUAAUUACAGUGUCAGUUUCCCUAUAUUUUAAUUUUCAAUAUAAGAAUAAAUAGUUUAUACUUGAUAAUAUUAAUUUGUACUUUUAUAUAAUCAAUAAUUCAUAAAUGCAUAUUAUCCAUUUACAUAUUACAUAGAUAAAUAAAUAUAUACGAGUAGGAAGAAUAAGGUUUGGUGAUGGGGUUGAAGCUGGGGCAUCAGCGCGUUGACCAGAAAAGUCAACCAUUGAUGACUGGAGAUAUAUAGCUGUAUGUACGAGUAUGGAACAAAAUAGCAUAAAUUAUAGUGUAUUCUAAUUUUAGAAAUUCCAAAUUGGAAACCCAAUUGCAAUGCACUGCUGAUGAAGAGAUAAGGACCAAAAUUUUAUGUAGACCCCCUUCACCAACUUGUCUGUCAACCUUUGUUUCUAGGUAAAUUACAAUCGCCCCCUCGAGGUAAGGUUUAUUUAACCAAAAACCCUUCACUUUUCCAUAAUUACAUUCACCCUGUAAUUUGUAGAUUUCUUACGUUAACACCCUUUGGUAGGAGCUGAACGUAAUUUCUCAAUAAAUGGGUUUUUUUCGUGA